CUGCGCGCAUCGAACUCGCACACGUUUGCAUUUGCUUUUAAUCUCGAGAGGAACGUCAUGGAUCCUCCAGCAGUGACAGAGAGCGGCUUUGGUGCAAAUCAUACAGACAUGGGCUAUAAUAAUAACUUUUCGGAACCGACCAGACUUCCUUAUAACAGGAGCGCAGAGCAGGGCGCUGUGAGCGAAAGAGCGUCUGUGAUCAUCGCCAUCUCCAUCACAGCCCUUUACUCCGCCAUCUGCGUGCUGGGACUGUUAGGAAACGUGCUGGUUAUGUACGGAGUGAUCAGAUACACAAAGAUGAACACUGCAACCAACAUUUACAUCUUCAAUUUGGCUCUGGCUGAUGCUUUGGCCACCAGCACACUGCCAUUCCAGAGUGCCAAGUAUUUGAUGAGGACCUGGCCUUUUGGAGAGCUGCUCUGUAAAAUAAUCAUUGCGAUUGACUACUACAACAUGUUCACCAGUAUUUUUACUCUUACAAUGAUGAGUGUGGACCGCUACAUCGCUGUCUGUCACCCAGUGAGGGCUCUUGAAUUCAGAACACCAGUCAAAGCAAAGAUUAUAAACAUCUGCAUCUGGAUACUGUCAUCUGCCAUUGGUAUUCCAGUCAUGAUCAUUGCUGUAACAAGAGACACAGAAAAUGGUAAAACCAUCUGUAGGCUGAAGUUUCCUGACCCUGAAAGGUAUUAUGAUAGUGCGAUAAAGAUUUGUGUGUUCAUUGUUGCCUUUGUGGUGCCAGUGUUGGUGAUCUCCGUCUGCUAUGGGCUGAUGAUCUUGCGGCUAAAAAGUGUACGCUUGCUCUCUGGUUCCAAAGAAAAAGACAAGAAUCUGCGCCGCAUUACCCGUAUGGUGCUGGUAGUAGUGGCAGCCUUCAUUAUUUGCUGGACACCCAUCCAUAUCUUCAUCAUAGUUAAGACUUUCAUAGAAAUUGACCAGAAGAACCCACUUAUGAUCAUCAGCUGGCACUUGUGCAUUGCUCUUGGCUACAUGAACAGCAGCCUAAACCCAGUCCUCUAUGCUUUCCUGGAUGAGAAUUUCAAGAGAUGCUUUCGAGAAUUUUGCCUGCCUUUCUGUUCUCACAUGGAGCAGAACAGCUUCUCCAGAGCCAAAAACACCACCAGGGAACCUGUCUCAGUCUGUGGCACGACAGAAUCAGUGAGAAAGCCCACAUGACUAGUCCUGGUCCAGAGAUUUCCUGGACAUCCCACUAGACACCAACAGGACCAACAGUCUGAGUGCACUCAAAUCUCCACUACAGAGCUCUGAGUUACCCCACAGAAAAUGUAAUGCUGACUACACAAAUAAAACCGCAUUCGCAUAAGCCAACAUGUAGAAAAUUGUCUGAAGAUAAUCGUUUUGAUUUUGCUAUGACAUUAUACCUAGAAAAAUGAACUAAAUCCUCCAAAUUUCCGAAGAGAUCUGGUUUAUAUUGCAAACAACUUAAAAGUCAGCCCAGUAAUCAUUCCCUGAUGAUAAAUACAAUAUAUGGGCAACAUUUUAAGGACACCUGACCAUAACAUGUAUGUGCUUCAUGAAUUAGACCUCUUGUUGCUAUUAUAAUAACUUUCCAUUAGAUUUUGGAGUGUGCUGUGAAGGUUUGUACUCAUUAAGCCACAAGAGAAUUAGUGAGGCCUGGAGCAUGUCAACAUUCUAGUACUAACGUGGAUUAGUUGGGUUAAGUUCAGGGUUUUGUGCCAACUUUUGAGAUUUUCCCACUCCAACCUUAAGCGAAUCAUGUCUGGUCAGGUCAUCAUUGUAAAUGAGAACUGGUUCUCAACUGACUCAACUGGUUAAAUAAAGAAAGAUAUAUUCAUGGAUGUCACUUGGCAUAGACAUGCACGGGGCAAACAUUUCACAAUAAAUGGGUGUGAAACUUUGAAAGUAUGUAACGGUAUAUAUUAUUCGGACACAGACUAUGAAAACCCCUGAAAACACCUACCAUAAGAAACUAAAGAAAACCUUUAAAAAAUCUUUAAAGAGGUUUCGAAGGUCAAGAGAUGACCUGCUGUCAAAAUGAAAUUUAAUUGCACAGAGCCAUAAACAAAAAAUAUAUAGAAAAAUAUAUUGCUAUAUAGAAAUUAUGACUGUCUUGACAGUGAGACUGGACUGAAGGAAAUUCAUUUGUCACAGUAAACAGUGACAGCCCCAAUUAGGUUAAAAUAUGGCUCUUUAUUUUGGAUUUCUGUCUCAACUAAUGAAAGCUGAUUGACUCUAUAUCUAUUAAAAGGCAAAAGAGUUUACUGAAAAAGAAACAAGAAUAAUACAUUCAUAUGCACAAACACAGACUAAAACUGGUUCAAGAAUCAGAAUGCCUUCAGAAGUAAAUAUUUUCACACAAUCUUUUAAGAUUAAUAAGAUUUUCUGCACAAUGGAGUCUUGCAUGUAUAGUAUUGUUACUGAGACUAUUUAUAUCUCCAGGACACCAAGACAAAAGAGACAGAGAAACUGUGCGUUAAUUUGCCACCUGUAAGCCAGACUGCAGGAGCAAGCCAGUGGCAUCGGGUGCCUUGCUGUGACUGGAGAGAAGAGAACAAUGAAGUGUUAAAGACUACUGCCUACACAGUAACAUACGCAAUGCUAUAUUUCAAUAAAACUAUAAUAAAUUGUGGUAACUGACAAUCCAAAACAACCACACACACUUAAAUGUUUACUUAAGUGUUAUAAACUAAAAUCUGCCUGCAGUUCACUUUACCACUUCACCGUUAAAAUCAUGUAGUCUACUUUUUUUUUGAGAAAUAUUUGUAUACAUGUGACUAAAUACACUGAAAGAAAUGUAGUGAAAAUGCUUGUAAAUCAAAUGUUAUUUGGUGACAUUUUCCACUGCAUUUUAAUGACUUUAGUGCCAGGAGCAGAAUGAAAUGGAAAAGUUAAUGGCUAUUUUUUUUUUAGAGGUAUCAAUGUCUAUUCUUGUGCUGCUUUUUGAUAAUGUGGCUUUGGACUGUAGUGUUAUGCAUUGUGAUUAUUCAGACAUCCUCUGCCAAUCUUGUACAACUUCAGUAUGAUCCUUACUUCUGCCUCUGCUUCUACAUC